CGCACGGCGGUCCAGCAAGCAGGGCCGAAAAGAAGAGUUUUCUGUGCAUUUGCAGGCCUAUUUCGGCAUCGCGCCGCCAUCCACAGCACCAGCCAGCUACUAUGACGCUUUUCCAACGAUGAGCCAUGCUAUGAACCAGUCUUCCGCCCUCAGCUCCAGCUGCCCACAGCCCAAACAACAACCUCCUUCCGCAGCUUCGCCUGCUGCAGAGACUGCACCCAAGAGACUGCACGCGAGCAUCGUCGCCGAUGCUCGACCCCGACUCGUAGCCCGCGCCUCUGAAAGUUCGCCUGCCCGACCCCGCUGCUCGCUGGUCUCCAAGUCGUCGAGUGCAGUACCGACACUGUCCACCACCCAUCGAUUUUUACCCACCUACUGGCUCCCAACCACCAUGACGGCCGCCGGUGGCGUCAACCCAACGGCAGCAGACCUGCUGCGACAGGCAAUGGUGCAGAGGUAAGCAUCGCUCUUAUUGUGCCUCGUGCGAGCGCCCCAAGGGUGUCGCUGGC